AUGGGACCCGGUCCUUAUCAUCUCUCAGGUCAGUUCGGAGCUCCUUACCGUACGAGCGAUCGUUGUAUCGGUGCCGACGCCGAUUCCGUGCCAACUCUCCAGAUCAUCUCCCUACAGGCAUGUCACUACAUGACGCUGUCGAUCAUCGUGCCUCCACUCCUGAGCGCCUUUACCUCCCCAGAUCUACUGGAAUACUCUGGCGGCUCUCGCGCUGUCGGGCACAUCAUGGACUGGCGUGAAAUGGCCGCGCGACCCGCAGUGCCGAUGGGAUCGACCUGGGAGCGGAUACGCGGCGCAUGGGCCGGAGGGAAGAAAGUCGGCACCCACGACACAGGCGCAUGGGACUACGGCGUCGACGACAAGCGCGGAUGGGUGCUUGGCUUCGCUUGGAUUAUCGCGACCGCUGUUGAUAUCGCACCCCUGUACUACCUAAUCCGACGACCAACACACAUUCUUGACUUCUCGCUCACGCUUCUCUUCUUCCACAUCGUGUUCACGACGUACUAUGCCAAGGCCUUCCCGACGAGCUUCUACGUCUGGGUCGUCAUGGCGCUCGGUGCGAUCCUCAUGAUCACGAUUGGAGAACAGCUUUGCAUCAAGCGAGAGGUCUCCUCAGAUCUUGAGGUCAUGACUGAGGACAUUGAGCUCAGCGACCGGUGA